AUGUCACUGGGUAAUUACAGCAGCCUGAACCGGGCCCAGCUUACCUUCGAAUACCUGCACACCAACUCAACUACCCAUGAAUUCUUGUUUGGUGCCCUUGCUGAACUUGUAGAUAAUGCCAGAGAUGCAGAUGCCACGAGAAUAGACAUUUAUACUGAGCGACGAGAGGACCUACGAGGUGGAUUCAUGCUGUGUUUUUUGGAUGAUGGAACAGGAAUGGAUUCAAAUGAAGCAGCCAGUGUUAUCCAGUUUGGUAAAUCAGCCAAGCGAUCACCUGAGUCCACUCAAAUCGGGCAGUAUGGGAACGGCUUGAAAUCGGGUUCCAUGCGGAUUGGGAAGGAUUUUAUCCUGUUCACAAAGAAAGAUAACACCAUGACUUGCCUCCUCUUGUCGCGGACAUUCCAUGAGGAAGAAGGCAUCGACGAGGUCAUCGUUCCCCUACCCACCUGGAACGUACGGAGCCGUGAACCUGUGACGGACAACAUGGAGAAAUUUGCUAUUGAGACGGAGCUCAUUUACAAGUAUUCCCCUUUCAAAUCAGAACAGGAAGUGAUGGACCAGUUCAAUAAGAUACGUGGUGAGAAAGGCACCCUGGUGAUCAUCUUUAACCUCAAACUAAUGGAUAAUGGAGAGCCAGAGCUGGAUGUGACUUCUGACCCUCAAGAUAUUCAGAUGGCAGAAACACCCCCAGAGGGAACCAAACCGGAGCGCCGCUCCUUCCGUGCCUAUGCUGCUGUGCUUUAUAUUGAUCCCAGGAUGAGGAUCUUCAUCAAUGGACACAAAGUACAAACCAAACGACUCUCAUGCUGUCUCUACAAGCCAAGGAUGUACAGAUACACUUCCAACCGUUUCAAGACCCGUGCAGAGCAAGAAGUGAAGAAAGCAGAGCACGUGGCGAGGAUAGCGGAAGAGAAGGCUCGUGAGGCGGAGAGCAAAGCCCGUGCCCUCGAGCUACGCCUCGGAGGGGAUAUCACACGGGAGUCCAGGGUGACACUACGUCAGGUCCAGAAUUCAGCCAUCACCAUGCGGCGGGAGGCUGACAUCAAGAAAAGGAUUAAAGAUGCAAAGCAGCGGGCGCUGAAGGAGCCUAAGGAGUUGAAUUUUAUCUUUGGGGUGAACAUUGAGCAACGCGAGUUGGAUGGCAUGUUCAUUUAUAACUGCAGUCGGCUGAUCAAGAUGUAUGAGAAGGUGGGCCCACAGCUGGAGGGUGGCAUGGCAUGUGGAGGAGUGGUAGGCGUGGUGGAUGUGCCCUAUUUGGUUCUGGAGCCAACCCAUAAUAAACAAGACUUUGCUGAUGCCAAAGAGUAUCGACACUUGCUGAAGGCCAUGGGAGAGCAUUUGGCUCAAUAUUGGAAGGAUGUUGCAAUAGCCCAGAGAGGUAUCAUCAAGUUCUGGGAUGAAUUUGGUUAUUUAUCAGCAAACUGGAACCAGCCUCCAUCUAGUGAACUGCGCUACAAGCGCAGGAGAGCCAUGGAGAUCCCCACCACAAUUCAGUGCGAUGUCUGUCUGAAGUGGCGGACUCUCCCGUUCCAGCUGAGCUCAGUGGAGAAGAACUACCCUGACAGUUGGGUGUGCUCCAUGAACCCUGAUCCUGGACAAGACAGAUGUGAGGCUGCAGAGCAGAAGCAGAAGGUACCACUGGGAACUCUAAAAAAAGACUUGAAAUCAAAUGUGGAAAAGCAGAAACAACUGACAGAGAAAAUCCGCCAGCAGCAGAAAAAGCUAGAAGCUCUGCAGAAGACCACUCCAAUUCGAUCUCAGGCUGACUUAAAGAAACUGCCUCUGGAAGUGACCACGUGGCCUUCAAGGGAGCACACCCAAACUCAGCGCCCACGAUCUCCUCCUUUGCCUGAUAUAAUCAAGAAUGCUCCCAGCAGACCACCAGGAUCUUCACCUCCUCCCAAGUCCUGCAGUCAGCUGAAGAAGAGCUCUUCAGAUCAUCCAAAUACCACAUCUCCCAAGCUAGCCAGCAUGCCCUUCGAGGAGGAGGCCAGCACCUCCAGGACACACCAUCACAGUGUUACAGCUGGAAAGUCUAACAGCACUUUAAAAACUCUUGCCAAACCAGGUACAAGCAUGAAGUCCCUCUCUGGCCUGCAGAGCCCCAAAAGCCCAUGUGAGACACCCAAUCCAAAAGCUGCCAAGGUGCCAGCGGUAAGGAAAUCUGCCUCUGGCAGAUGUUUAAAGGCCUCCAGCAUGCGAAAGAGGGCCUUGAACAUCCCAGAGGAUGGGUCUGAGGAGGAGGGGCAGCCCAAAAAGGAGAGGACAAAACGAGGAAAAUUUUUGGCAGUGAAAGAAGAGAAGGAUUCCAAUGAGCUCACAGACAGUGCUGGAGAGGAAGAGUUGUUGGAACUGAAGAAAGCACAGAAAGAUAAGGGGCUGCACGUGGAGGUGCGUGUGAACAAGGAAUGGUUUACAGGCCGUGUCACGGCUGUGGAAAGGGUCAGGCAUGCAAUUCGGUGGAAGGUGAAGUUCGAUUAUGUGCCUACAGAUACCACACCAAGGGAUCGCUGGGUAGAGAAGGGCAGUGAGGAUGUAAGGCUUAUGAAGCCUCCCUCUCCUGAGUACCAGGCUCCAGACACACAGCAGGAAGAGGAGGUGGUCAUGGCUGAACCUUCUACCUCGGAUUGCGUCAGAAUCGAGCCUGACACCACUGGUCCCAGCAGCAGCCAAGAAACAGUUGACUUGCUAGUCCAGAUCCUUCGGAAUUGUUUGCGAUACUUCUUGCCUCCAAAUUUUCCAGUCUCCAAGAAUGAGCUGAGUUCCAUGAGCUCAGAAGGGUUGUUGGCAUUUCCCUUGAAAGAAUAUUUUAAGCAGUAUGAGGUGGGUUUGCAGAACCUGUGCAAUUCAUAUCAGACACGUGCCGAUGCCCGUGCCAAAGCCUGUGAGGAAAACCUGCGGAACUCGGAGAGGAAGCUGAAGGAAACAGAGGAGAAACUGCAGAAGUUGAGGACUAAUAUAAUGGCCCUUUUGCAGAAAGUGCAGGAGGACAUUGAUAUUAAUACAGACGAUGAACUGGAUGCAUAUAUUGAGGACUUGAUCAUGAAAGGAGACUGAGCAGCUCCAGUACAAGUCCUGGAGAGGUGCAGAAGAGCUGGCUGCUGCAA